UGGCAACACUGUACCCACUUUUACCGCCAAAAUAAAAAAAUAAAAAAUAAAAGGUUUAUUUACGAAAACUACACGCCGAACGAAAGGACAACGAAUGGAGGAGGAAUUAAAGCAGCAGUUCGACGAGAUGGGCGUGGAGCCAGCGGACCCAGUUCUGGGCAAGUGUGCGGAGCUGGCCAUCACGUACAACAUCCACGACGCCACCGAGUUCGUGGAGCAAUGGAUGGCCUUCAGCUUGUCGCACCUCCAUGGCGAAGAUCCUGCGAUCGAAAACCUGGGCGACUUCGAGCGCAAGGUGCUGCAGCUGCGGAAGGAUAAGGCGGGAUCCAAGGCAACUGCCCAGAGGGCGAAAUCAUAUGCUCCCUCCGCUGUCCAGGAGACAAGCUCACUGGCCACCUAUGGCGUGAUGGAGGACGAUCCCAUGAUUGAUGACUAUGUCAGCGAAUCGGCAGUGGACUCCUCCGUUCUGCAUACACCCAAGGCUAAGAAAGAUUUGGGUCGGAGCUCAAAUCUUAAGGGCGGCGUGCUUUUCAGCCCCGCCAGCUACACACCCCAAUCAGCAAAGAGGAAAGCAGAGUUAGGAACACCAUCUAACUCAGUGGCAGGGAAACCGGGCGACAUUGUGGACACCUUCGGACAUCCCAAACUGCUGGCUGGCUCCAGCUGGCAGUCGCAAAUGGAGCACACGGUGCCCGUUACCCAAAAACUGCUGCACAACGACGCCCCGCUGACCAUCGCCAAUUUGGGCUACAUGAACGACCUGCUCGCUGACCGAUGUCAUAACCUCCGCAUCCGCUUUAACCAAACGGGGCCUGCACUGGUAGACAAGAAGCUUGGGCAAGCAGGUGCAGCCGAGUGCAUUUGGUAUCCGCAGGAUAGACAGGUGCUGCAGUCCGCUGGUGGACUUCACGCGGUGGGAAUGAUUCAUUCUGAGGACGAUGGCCCCCUGGACGCCUAUUCCGCAUUCAUGGUCGUUUUAGAUGAUGAUGUAGAAGAUGAAAUGGACCCAACCCUCACGCUUAACUUCUCCAGGGUCAAGUCUGCCAGCAUAUUCCCCGGUCAAGUGGUGCUCGCCAAAGGGUUCAUACCCAGAGGUAAAACCUUCAUGGUAGAGGAGAUUCAUACAGAGCGCAAACUGACGCCAGCGAAUCCUCUGCAAAUAGACAGGGAGCUUCAGUUUGUGGUGGCCUCUGGGCCCUUUACGGACAGUACAGAUCUGUUCUACGAACCGCUGCACGACCUGCUGAAGUACAUCAAGGAUCACAGACCAGAUGUGCUGGUGCUUACAGGUCCCUUCCUGGAUGCAGAUCACAAGAUGGUCGGCGAGCUGGCCGAGACUUUUGAUACAUUCUUCGAGAAGAUGAUUGCGGGCAUAAUGGAGGCAAUUGGUAGCCACACCGCAGUCCUGGUGGUGACCAGUCAAAAGGAUGCCAUGGCGCUUUCCGUAUAUCCCACACCACCGCCCGCUCUGCGAAGAACCUAUCCGAAUCUAUACAUGCUGCCCGAUCCCUCUCUGGUAGACUUGGAUGGCAUUACGCUGGGCGUCACCUCAACCGACGUGGUGGAUCACCUGCUGAGCCACGAAUUCGCUGUGAAUGCCGGCGAACGGAUGCACAGAGCCAUUAACCAUUUGUUUCACCAGGGCUCCUUCUACCCUUUGUAUCCGCCGGCGGAUGAAGACAUGGCCUACGAUUCCCAGCUGGCGCUGAAGUAUGCCCAGCUCAAACAGCUUCCAAAUGUACUCAUCCUGCCCAGCGAUCAGCGGCAUUUUGUUCGCUUGGUUAACGACUGCCUGGUGAUCAAUCCCGGUCGUGUUACGGACAAGAAGGGUGGCACUUUCGCCCGUUUCUUAGUGGCGCCUUCAGUACCAGGAAAGCCAGCCAACAUGUUCAACAGUGUGGCAUGUCAAGUCCAACGCAUCUAACCUGACCACUUUGUGAUGAUGAUAACAUAAUCGGAAAUAUCGCUUUCCUUCAUUUGCAUUGAGGAGGGUAAUAAGAUCAGUACAACAUUAUUUAUAAACUUUUACACCCAGAACUUUUCUGUUAAAUACAUUUAACCACCAACUAUUAACUUA